CUGUCCCAGCACUGUCCCAUUCCAGACGCAGCUCCCAAUCCCAAUGUCAGGCGUUGGGGAGGUUCUGGAGGUGGUUGGUGAUUUUGGGCCCUUUCAGAAGCGGCUGGUGCUCUUCACCGUGCUCCCCUGCCUCAGCGUGGCUUUCCACCAGUUUUGCCAACUUUUUAUGGUCUCUGAUGUGCCACACCACUGUGACACCAGCUGGAUCCGUGCUGUCGGCCCCAACCUGACGGAGGAAGAGCAGCUGAACCUCACCCUGCCCCGAGGCGCGGAUGGGGCCUACGAGCAGUGCCGCAGGUACUCGCCGGUGGACUGGGACCUGGACUCCAUCAGGACCUACGGCCUGAACGCCACCGAGGAGUGCCGCAGUGGGUGGGUGUACCCUGCGGGACAGCCGCCCUCCCUGCUGACCGAGUAUGACCUGGUGUGUGACAGGAAGGAUCUGAAUGACAUAUCUCAGUCUAUCUACAUGUUGGGGAUGUUCCUGGGAUCCAUGAUUUUUGGACUACUAAGUGACAGGAUCGGCCGCCGGCCAGUCAUUCUGAUAUCCGUCAUCCUCCAGGGCUUCUUUGGCUUAGGAAUUGCCUUUGUGCCCCACUUCUAUGUGUACAUGGCCUUCAGGUGUGUCGUGGGGGCUUCGGUGUCGGGGAUCACCAUGACGAUCCUGGCCUUAGCUACAGAGUGGAUUGGAGCCUCCUCCCGGCCCCUGGCAGUGCUUAGCUCUCACUGCUGCUUCGCAGUCGGGCAGAUGCUUUUGGCUGGCUUGAGCUAUGGAAUUCGCAACUGGAGGCUGCUGGAGAUUGCAGGAUCUGCUCCUAUAUUUGCCUCCUUCUUGUAUUUCCAUAUGCUACCAGAAUCGGCUCGGUGGCUGGUAACAAAAGGCAAGAUAGAAGAGGCCAAGAAGGUCCUUCAGAAAGCAGCAUCCUGCAACAAGCGCACCAUCCCACCAGAACUCCUUGAGCAGCUGAAACCUGUGAAACAGACCAAGUCUGGAAGCAUUCUGGAUCUCUUUCGGAGGAAGCACCUCCAGAAGGUGACUUCAAUCAUGUUAUGUGCCUGGUUUGUGAACAGCCUUGUCUACUAUGGGCUGAGUCUGAACGUGACAAACUUUGGGCUGGACAUCUACCUGACACAGCUUGCCUUUGGAGCAGUGGAAAUCCCAGCCCGUGUCGGUUGUAUCUUCAUGUUGCAGUGGUUUGGGAGGAAGAAAAACCAGGCUGUUCUCCUGCUGCUGAGUGGGUUGGUGUGUCUGGUCAUCACUGUGAUCCCUGAAGACCAGCCUGUGGCAACCACGGUCCUGGCCAUCAUUGGCAAGUUUACUGCCUCGGCCUCCUUCUCCACCUCCUACAUCUACUCUGCAGAGCUCUUCCCCACUGUCAUUAGGCAGACCGGCCUGGGGCUGUGCUCAAUGUCAGCGCGGCUGUCAGGGGUCGUGGCCCCUCUGAUCUUCCUCCUGGACCGGUACCACCGAGCCAUCCCCAUGGCCAUCUUUGGGAGUGCCCCCGUGGUAGGGGGGUUGCUCUGCUUCCUGCUGCCUGAGACCUGUGGCACUGACCUGGCAGAUGACACAGGGGCUGGCUGUCCCCCAGCAGAGGUCUGUGCAAAUGCCUACAGCAGCUCUGAAAAUGGAGACAGGAAAGGAAAAGACCACGGCCAAGACAAUGAGUACACAAAGACCACUCGCUUCUAGCUGGGCCUGCAAG